CACAGCUUGGCGCGGGCGGUGGCGCGGGCGGUUAAGCGGCAGACACAAGUGACGCAAGGAGUGCAAAGUGUAUAUGAUGAUGAGGAGUAUCUUUUGGCUUUAAUUUUAAAAGAAGACACAAUGGUUGAAUUACAAUGCAAAGAAAAACUGAAAAAAUAUUGUGAAAACUUAGAAGAAGCAGAUAAAGAGUUAAAUAAAAUCUAUCCAAAACUAAAAGACAUCUGUAAGGACAAAGAAUGGGAUAAAAAGUGUACAGGAUUGAAAAAUAAAGUUACAGGAAAAUGUACACCACUUAAAACAGCUUUGGAUAAGAUAGUAUUAAAAGCCUUAGAAGAAAAUUAUGAUUGUAAGGAGCAUGAACGACAAUGCCUAUUUUUGGAGGGAGCAUGCCCUAAUGAUCUUAUAGAGAAUUGUAACAAACUAAGGAAUCUAUGUUACCAAAGAAAACGUGACGGAGUAGCAGAAAAAGUUCUUUUGAGAGCACUCGGAGAAAAUCUUGAAAGUGAAGACAAAUGUAAAGAAAAACUUAAGCAAGUUUGCUUAGAGUUAAAUGAAGAAAGUGACGAGUUAAUAAAAUUAUGCCUUAACCAAGUGGAGACAUGCAAGGGACUUAUGACUACAAAAGAGUAUACGUGCCAAUCUCUCAAUGCUCUCAAAACAGAGCUGGAAAAACCAAAAAGUAAUAAAUUGCAAGAAAAAUGCCUAUUAUUGCUUGAAGGAUGCCACUUCCAUUACCAAAGCUGCAAAAUAGGGAAACAGAAUUGUGAUAACUUGAAGAAAAAAUGUAAAGAUACAGGGAUAACUUAUCUACCGCCAGGUUUAGAUUUUGAUCCUACAAAACCAAAGAUUACUCUAGCAGAAAAAAUAGAUCUGAAAAAAUUGUAUCUGGAAGUAGCAAAGAAGGGUAUUUAUAUUGGAAAGCCAUCAAUAAAAGACGAAGCAGCUUUAUUGGCAUUAUUAAGCAAAGAUAGUACUCAAUCUAUUUUUAAAGAUCAAUGUAAAGAUACUAUUAAAAAAAAAUGUGGAAACUUUGAAGAGCAUAUUAUUUUAAAAGAUUUAUGUAAUAAUAAAAGUAUCAUUGGCAAUCCAGAAGAAAAAUGCAAAGAAUUAGAUAAGGAAUUAACAACCCGUGCUUCACUUGUUUCUGAAAAGAUUGGGAAAUAUCUUGCUACAGCUAAUGUAAAGGGAAUCAUUGGUUGGCAUAUGUUGUAUACAUUUCUUGGUGAAAAAGUAUGCGCGAAACUGUUAUCAGAUUGUUUUUAUUUAAAAGGUCAAGGUCCUCUUGAUAAAGAAUGUGAUAAUUUAAAGGCAGCAUGUUAUAAAAAAGGGCUUGAGUCACAAGCAAAUGAAGCAUUACAAGAUAAGUUACAGGGGAAGUUACAUGGAUCAAAUGGAACAUGGCUUGUAGAGCUUCAAAAAGAAUUAGUAAAAGUGUGUAAAGGGUUGAAAGACAAAAGCGAUGAACUAUUUGUGUUAUGUGCGCAGCCAAAAAAAGCUGCUCUUAUACUUUCAACAGAUUUACGAUUUAGAGCUAUUUUUCUACGGGAACAAUUAAACGAAAAGCGAGAUUUUCCAACGGAAACAGAUUGUAAAGAAUUAGAAAAAAAGUGCAGAAUACUAGGACAAGAUUCAAGCGAAAUUAAGUGGUCAUGUCUUACAUUAAAUCAGCAUUGUGACCGUUUAAGAAUUGCAGAACAGCUAGAAGAAUUGUUAUUGAAGGAAAAGACAAAAGACUUAAAAGAUCAAAUAAAAUGUAAAGAAAGCAUCAAUAAACGAUGUAAUGAUUGGGUUAAGAAAAGAAAAAAUUUGUUUACUCUUGCAUGUCUUGAAGAGAAUAUUACUUGCCAGAUUAUUACAAAAAAUCUUGAAUCCAAAUGUAAUGCGUUGAAAGAAAACAUGGAAACCCGUAAUGCUUUGACUAAUGCAGCUGAUAACAAUAUGAAGGAAAAAACUUGUAAGUUUUGGACACCAUAUUGCGAAAAGUUCACUCCAAGUUGCAAGAAGUUAAUAGAAGAAAAAAGCGGAGAGAAGAAUGGGCUUUGUUCACAACUCAACAAAAAGUGUGAAUCGUUCUUUAAAAAAAGAGAGCUAGAUGAUAAAGCGAUUGAUGGGUUAAAGGGUUAUCUAACAACGAAAGAAGUGUGUGAAAAAACACUUGAAAAAUAUUGCGUACCAUUAAAUAAUGCAACUAAUGGACUUGAAACUCUGUGCAAAAGCGAUGAUUCUAGUAAAGAUGAAAAAACAGUAAGAGGAGAGACUUGUAAGAGGCUGGUUGAACAAGUACAAGAAAAAUGUCCAAACUUACAGAACGAACUUACAAAGGCCAAAGAAGAGCUAAAAAAAAAAGAAAAAGAAUACAAAAAUCUUAAGAAAGAGGCAGAAGAAGCGAUGAAAGAAGCAAAUCUUAUUCUAUCAAGAACAAAAGUAUCAGGUGAUAAGUCAGAAAAUGGUACUGCAUCUAAUACAUCCGCUAAAGGAAAAGACACCGCCCAAUUUAGACUUGUAAGAAGAGAUCAGAAACCAAAGGUAACAGAAGAAGAAGUAAAAGCGUUUGAUUUGGUAGCACAAGCAUUUGGAUUUUAUGUGGAAUUGAGGGAGAAGUGUCAAGAUUUAUUAAAGGGAUGUGGACUUAAAAAAGAAUGUAGUUGUGAAGAUCAAUGUGAAAAAAUAGAAAACACAUGUAAAAAAUUGAAACCACUAGAAGUGAAGCCAUAUGAAGUGAAGACAGUAACAGAAACCAACAUAACAACGGUUACAGAAACAGUUAAAGAAGCAGAAAAAACAGUAGGAGACGGAGAGAAAUGCAAAUCUCUCAGUACAUCAGAUACAUGGAUUACACACACGUCUACGCAUACCAGCACAUCUACGACCACAUCCACAGUCACAUCGAGAAUAACACUGACGUCGACAAGGCGGUGUAAGCCUACGAAGUGUACGACAGGAGAGGAAGAUGAAGCGGGUGAGGUGAAGCCGAGUGAAGGGUUGAGGAUGAGUGGGUGGAGUGUGAUGAGGGGGGUGCUAGUGGUAAUGAUGAUUUCAUUCAUGAUUUAG